AUGGAUCGAGACAUUAUUCUAGAUAUUGAACUAUCAACUCGAACAAAUACAAUUUUAGCUGUUGAAAACAAUGGUGAACAUCAAUUAGCUUUAAUGGCAUCUUUUAUACCUACAAAUGAAGAUUGUCUUGCUCAUUUGACGAACGGUCGAUUUACAUUUAUUCCUCCAGGAACAAGUGUUGAUAUUCAUGUUGCUGAACAACUUCAGAAAGCUCUCGAGCCAUGUAUUACCAAUGUCAAAGUUAAAUGGAAUAUUCCAUCAUUAAUAUCGUCCAAACUUCAAACUAUUCCAACAAUUGUUCCACAUGUUUAUGCCAAUGAUCGUCUUUUGUUUUAUACAUUGAUCGAAAGUGAUCAAUUCGAUCAUUUCACAACUGUCGAACUCUGGAAUCAUGAAGAAACAGUUCAACUCGGACUAGCUAGAAUCGAUCGUCUACCAGAGAUUACAGAUAACAAUAAUCAAUUAAUAGCUCAUUUGGCAGCUAAGGCUCUGAUUCAAGAAAUUACACAUUUGAAAGAACCACAAGCAGGAUCUCAACAAACCAGAUUGUGA